AUGGUCGAACCAAACAGCGGUGUUCCGGGAUCGGGUGAAGUGCCUGCUGAAGACCAACCGUCUUCAACAUCUGGAACACUACGGGAUUCCAACUCGGACAUUCCCAUCCAGCCCACGGGAAGUGGCAUUCCACGCAUUAGAUUUUCCACGGACAUAGGUCGUUCCGAGCCUUUAGUACCGGGCAGUUCCCCCACGGGUGGGAAGAUUGUUGCCACUGCAGGUCUCACAAUUGAUACCUCACCCAGGAAUGUUCAGAGAGAAAGUUUGGAAAUAAGACCGUUCGGUCGGGAAACUGGCGAUACAAACUCAUCAGGCUCGGUAACAGAUCCUUAUCACACACUCUCACCGACGUCUCCCACGUCCCCAAGGAAACGCAACCGAGGGUAUAGUUUGCGACGACAACUAUUCUUCAGGAAUGUACACGAUCAAAUGGACCAGGACGCUGGAUUUGCCCACAGUAGCGCCAAUGAUAUGGGAAUCGAGCUCAAUUCCGUACAUCCUUCACAUGAAGUCAAGAACCAACGUAUAAAAUUCCAGGGUGCUGCUGCAGGAGAGGGGGCAGAGGAGGAGGAAAAAGAGAAGGCUGAUCAUGACCAUCCCAAAAGACAAGGGAGUCUACCCCCCAUUUCCGGCAGCCUUCCACAAUAUUCAUUGUGGGCCCAUAAACAGUCCAAAACAUUUAGAGCCCAGGUCCAGUCAUACUACAAAAACAUUCAACAAUUGAUAUUAAGAUACAACGGGGCUCCACCAAGUAAGGAGGGGAGGAGAAUACUUGUUGACGCCGAAAGAAAGGAUCCACUUAUAGAUGAGAGGACAUUGAAGGAAUACAUCGGAAAUACCAUCAGAAGUAGUCGUUACACAAUUUGGAGCUUUCUUCCAAAGCAGUUAUUUGCUCAGUUUUCGAAACUGGCGAACUUCUACUUUCUUUGUGUUUCAAUUUUGCAGAUGAUACCCACGCUAAGUACUACUGGAACAUACACAACGAUUGUCCCAUUAUUAUUCUUCAUAACGCUAUCCAUAACCAAAGAGGGCUACGAUGAUUAUCGACGAUACAAGCUAGAUAAGGUUGAGAAUAAUCGCUAUGCUCAAAUACUUCAUACCUAUAAACCCAGCGAUGAUCGCGAUCUUUCCUCUACGCCCCGUUUUUGGGCGGAAACAAAGUGGAGGAAUAUUCGCGUGGGUGAUAUAGUAAAGCUCGAACGCGACGACUCGGUCCCAGCAGAUAUAAUCAUACUCCAUUCUAACGGCCCACGAGGAAUAGCAUAUGUGGAAACAAUGGCGUUAGACGGAGAGACAAACUUGAAGAGCAAACAGGCAUUGCCGAUAAUAUCAGAGCAAUGUGAUACUAUUGAAAAGCUUGGGGCAUUCAAAGCGCGGGUCGUAGUGGAGGAUCCUAACAUGGAUCUUUACAACUUCGAAGGAAAGGUUACGGUUGGAGACGAAACGAAGCCUUUAACAAAUAAUCAGGUGAUCUACAGAGGAAGUGUGAUACGAAACACAUCAAACAUGUGGGGAUUGGUUAUAUUUACGGGAGAGGAAAGCAAGAUUCGGAUGAAUGCAAACAAAAACCCACGAACCAAGGCGCCAUCGUUACAAGCAAUCGUCAACAAGAUUGUUAUUAUCGUUGUAAUUUUUGUCAUUGCCUUGUCUGUUUUCAACACAGUUGCAUACCGUCUCUGGCGAAAUCGAACGGAAAGGCGCUCCUGGUACUUAACUAAUAGCAGCGUUGCCUUUUUCCCUAUUUUCGCUUCCUACGUAAUUAUGUUCAAUACUCUCAUUCCUCUUUCUCUCUAUGUUAGUUUGGAGAUCAUAAAGCUAGCUCAGAUGCUCCUCCUGAAUGAUAUCGAUAUGUAUGAUCCAGAAACGGACACACCAAUGGAGGCAAGGACAUCCACUAUUAAUGAAGAUUGUGGCCAAGUCAGUUACAUAUUUUCCGAUAAAACUGGUACUUUGACCGACAACGCUAUGCUAUUUCGGAAACUAAGCGUUGGAGGUCAUGCCUGGCUACAUGAUCUCGAUAUUCAGCGGGAAUCAGGCGAACUUGCUGAUCGGUCUAGCUUAGGUAAAAGGCGAAGAGAAAAAGGAAAGGGCAAAGCCAAGAAGAUAAUAGGCCGUCCAAAAUCAGCUCAUAUGAAUACAAAGGGAACCAAUCCUGAACCACAUCAUACUAGAAAAUCCUUCGGCGAUAUGGCUUAUAUACAGCAGGUCGAGACUAUCCCACCUAAAUUAUCACUUGAUGGUCGACUUCGAAACAAAUCGUCUUCAAAUUCUCUCCGAUGGCGCUCUACAGCAAUUCCCCAAAAAGCUCAACCACAAUUAUCCACGAUGGAUCUCCUAUGCUACCUUCAAAACCAUCCACAUACUUUCUUUGCCCGUAAAGCUAGGUUUUUCCUGCUUUCCAUAGCCUUGUGUCAUACAUGCAUCCCCGAAGUGGAUGACGACGGAAAUAUAAUUUACCAAGCGGCAUCUCCUGACGAGUUGGCCUUGGUGAGAGCUGCACAGGAAUUGGGAUAUAUUACGAUUGAUCGGCAGAUAAACAAGAUUUCGAUAAAAACUUUCCCAAAUGGGCCUAUGGGGGAACCACUUAUCGAAGAUUAUGAGAUCUUGGAAAUCAUCGAGUUUUCUAGCAAAAGAAAGCGAAUGUCGAUAAUUAUCCGCAUGCCAAAUGGGAAAUUUUGCGUUUUUUGCAAAGGGGCGGAUACAACCAUGAUUGAGCUUCUUCGGCUUCGGGAUCUGGCUAAACAGAAAGCAUUGGAGGUUGAAAGACGUGCAAAUAAGAGAAAAAGUCUCGAGGCGCAGGAAGUCAUACGGAGGACUAGUAUGCAGCGUACAAGUAUAGGUGGCCGGUCUAGUAUAGGUGGCCGGCCAAGUUUCGGUGGCCCUGGCCGCCCUAGCAUGUCUACGAAUCGCCUAAAAGCGAUUCAAGACGAAUUCGAUGAUUGGCUAAGGGAUAAAGAGCAGGAUGUCGAUUUGUCAUCUGUUGACGAUGAAAGCGUCUAUUCUCGGCCAUCUGCCCAGUUUGCAAAUCGUCACUCAAUCGCUUUUGGGGAAAUCAACGUACCACUAGAGCGAGAAAUUAGCGAGGAUAUGGUUGAUGAGAAUAUUGCUGCGGACGAAGCAAAGGUUAUCGAGCGCUGUUUUGCGCACAUCAACGACUUUGCCACAGAAGGGCUAAGGACAUUGCUUUAUGCCCACCGCUUUUUGGACGAACAGGAAUACGCUGUAUGGAAGAAGAUAUAUGCAGAAGCAACAACGAGUCUUGUUGAUAGACAGAGCCUUAUCGAGAAGGCGGCCGAUAUGAUCGAAAGGGACUUUGAGCUCGGCGGUGCCACAGCAAUUGAGGAUAAGCUGCAGAAAGGCGUUCCAGAGACUAUUGACAAGCUCAGGAGAGCAGGUAUCAAAUUAUGGAUGCUGACGGGAGAUAAGCGAGAAACCGCGAUUAAUAUCGGCCACUCUUGCCGAUUGAUUAAAGACUACUCGAAUAUUAUUGUUCUUGAUAAAAGAGAUGGCUACAUCGAAAGAAAAAUGGCAGAAGCAAUAUUGGAUAUCAAUGCUGGGAAAGUUGCUCAUUCGGUCGUAGUUGUGGACGGUGGUACUUUAACGAGCAUUGAUGACGACGAGACACUGAAGUCUUUAUUUUUUGAUAUUGCUAUUAUCACGGACUCCGUCAUUUGCUGCCGCGCAAGCCCUAGCCAAAAAGCAUCACUUGUCAAAACCAUUAGGACCAAGGUUAAUAAGUCUGUGACCUUGGCAAUUGGGGAUGGUGCAAACGAUAUAGCAAUGAUUCAAGAAGCGCAUGUAGGUAUUGGAAUCACCGGGAAAGAAGGUUUACAAGCGGCCAGAGUCUCGGAUUAUUCCAUGGCACAAUUUAGAUUUUUGUUGAAAUUUUUGCUGGUUCACGGGAGAUGGAAUUACGUUAGGAUAUGCAAAUAUACAGUUGGAACGUUUUGGAAGGAGCUGCUAUUCUAUCUUACCCAAGCCCUCUUUCAGAGGUCGAAUGGCUACACGGGAACCAGCUUUUACGAGUCAUGGAGUUUGAGCAUGUUUAAUACUCUAUUUACCUCGCUUCCGGUGAUUAUCUUGGGAAUUUUUGAAAAGGACCUUUCUCCCGCAACCCUAUUAGCUGUGCCAGAACUCUAUCGCAAGGGACAGCUAAAUGAAGGAUUUAACUUUCGAAUUUACCUUGGCUGGAUGUUCCUUGCCUCUUCACAAGCAGUUCUAAAUUAUUACAUGAUGUUCACGUUGUACGCCCCAUGUCUUACGGUCGAUAACGGGAUAUAUGCUAUGGGCGUUAUCACAUAUAGUGUUGUGGUUACGCUUGUUUCAGCAAAGCUGCAACUUAUAGAGACGCACAACAAAACCGUUAUAGUCGCAGCAACCUUUGUUCUUUCCGUUGGAGGAUGGUUCCUUUGGAACAUCAUAUUGGGUGAAACAUACUCAAAUAACGUCAUCUAUAAUGUCAAAGAUGGAAUUUUACGACGUUUUGGCAAAGACUUAACUUGGUGGCUUGUUUAUAUAUUUUGUCUCUCGGCCUGUCUCGUCCUUGACGUGGCCUUGAUCUCUAUUCGUGCUGCAUUUUGGCCUACGGAUGUUGAUGUCUUUCAGGAGAUCGAAAAAUCAAAGGAAAUGCGGCAACGCAUGGAAGAAGCAGCCAGUGUUGAGCUCCAACAAAGCUGGAACCAGAACCAAGGGAGGUCUAAAGCAGAAAUUGAAAUUGAGGGUGAAGUGCAAGAGUUUUUAGAUAGGCCGAGGGUGAUGGAAGAAGGAAGAACCCCAGGCGGAAAGAGCACAAGUUCAUGUGUCGACCGAAUCUCGUUUUCUGGAGAUCGAGGAGAUGUAGAGGAUGAUAUUAACGUGCACCUGGCAAGAAGAUUUGGAUCUAUUAGAAGAUGA